AUACGUAUAGAAGCACGAUCAGCACCCAGGCGUGAUUUCAUUUUCAAGUGCAAAAGUUACGAUCUGUGCGGUUCUGCUUACCAUCGCCUUAGUGAGAGCGAUCCAUCAAUCGUGAGUAGUAUUCACCUCAUAAGCAUUUACUGAGAACCGAAUAUUGGCAUCUUACGAUGGAACUAGAAGAAACGUCCGCAGAGAUUUUGACAAAACAUCGCUUGCAUAUCAUACAACAUCUUCAGAUGGAUCGAACGUUUCUGUUCGACUACCUAAUCAGCAAAUCUUCCUUUGAUAAGGCAGACUUUGAGUUGAUUCAAGCCGAGAAGACGAGCGAGUCAAAGGCUGGCAGGUUCUUAGAUAUUCUAGAAAUGAAGGGACAGAAGGCAUUUUGCCACUUUAUAGACGCCUUGCAGAUUCUCAAUCCAAGCCUGUAUGAAAUGGUGACGGGGGAAAGUGCAACAAAAAGUGACAAUCCCAUCUUGUCAGAUGUUAAGAGCCAUAUCAUCAGUGGUGGCGGAUCUACCUUUCUAGACGUAGAUAUCCUCAGUAAUUACUCCAAGAUUCUUACCAGGGAAUUACACGAAUUAACUUUACGUCACGAUCAGGUCCUUAAAGACAACAAUGAACUUAAGAAAAAGCUCGAGGAGGCCUUCAUGGAACAAAACCGGUUGCAACGCAGAAUAAACUGUUUGGAAAAACAGGUCUCGGCCACUGAGGACGCUUUGGCCAACGAGGCUCAAUCGACUGCUAACAAGACGGGCGAGAAUCUCCUGCAGCGGUUCGAGGCGGUCCAACGUGAGGGGCGAACAAAUCAGUUUAUCAUCCAGCUUCAAAUGAAGUUGCUAACAGCGCACGAGGAAAAUGAAACGCUGAGAAAGCAACUGGAUGAAUUUGGAAAGCGAGAAGAUGAAGUGUUGAAGCAAUUGAGUAAAGUCAACCAAGAUUACGCUAUUGAACGGAAGGAGACAAACAAGUUGUCGCAACAACUACGAUCACAGACAGAGGAGAUGAAGAUAUGCGAAACACUGAAAAUGAAACUGCGCGAAGUGCAGUUCGAGAAUGCAAAGUUACGAUGUGAGCUGCAGGAUAAAGAGAACGAUCUUAACGAGGUACAACGGUGGACAGAAGCUCUGAAGGCUCGAUUUGAUUUAAUAGUAGCCGAGAAAGAAGAAAUGCUGAAAAACCAGAAAACCGUGCAUAGCGAGUGCUCGCGGAUGCACGAUGAGAUUUCUGACCUUAGAAUCAAACUCAACCAUAAAGAACGUGUUUUGGUGGAACUAAGACAAAACUGCAAAGAGGUUGAAGAUAGUGCCAAAAUUUAUAGAGAGGAACGCGAUUUUUUCUCUAAAUCCGCGACAGAUUCCGCCAUAGAGGUAGACCAGAUUAGGAAAGAGGUGGAAGAAAUCAACCAGCGACAUAAAAAAGCAUUGGAGUCUAAAGAGUUGAGUCUCAGACAGCAGACCGAAUAUGUACGACAGUUUGAGAAGAAAUACGACGAAACCAAAGAUGAGCUUGUUUCUGUGAAGACAAUGUUGAAUAAAGAGAAAGCAGAUAAUGAGGAAUUGAGGGAGAGGAUCUCUACUUUGGAGACAGAGUUGGCGAAAAAGGAAUUAACCUCCAAGCCUUAUAUGGAAGAGGAGGAUCACCAGGAUGUAAGCCAAAUACAAGACGUGCAUGAGCAUGAACCGAGUGGAAAUGGGGACGACGAGGUCUUCACCUGGAGUAAAGCGCGCGCACCCAGGGAGCUGGUGGGGAGUAUUCAAAGGCGAUUCCAACAUGACAACAGGGCUCCACGGCCCGCGAACAAAGCCAUUCGGAAAAGUAACAGCUUUGACGAGAAACUGGCCAAACUCGUGCCUGAAUUUGAAAGCCUACCACUGAAAACUAGAGAAGAUUGCAGCCUUGAUCGUUAUAGAAUGAAGCAAAUCCUGCCUUUUGCACAGAUAGCGACAAUGUGUCCGCCAAUGACAAGCGUCGGCGACAAGUUUCCGGACGCGCUGAACGCCGCGAUUACCUGCUCCACAGAUGUUCGUAAGCUUGGAUAUCGCAAGAUGUCUGCCCCUGUAGUAGGCACAGAUCUUUUCUCACUUCAUCUUCAAGAUUCGAAUCUAGCGGAAGAAGAUCGCAAUGAGGGAGAUGACGAGCAAAGCAACACAUUUCCGAGCGAAGAAAGUAAGAAUGGCUCGCCAAGUAAGCAAUUCCGCUCACGAACACGGGCUAUCAGACUUACUGAAGGCGAGCGACGCAAUCGUCGUCUCACGGAACCAAUCAUGUACCAGACGAGGGCGGAUAAUAUGUAACAUAAAGAACUUUUCCAUGUAGCGAUCAGAAACAAUCGUCACACUCAGUUUGACAAUGGGAAAUCUGGGUAAAAGACUAAACACGCAUUUGACAAUCGAAAGACUAAGAACAUCUUUCACGCAUUUCACAGAAAUCCAAUGAGCGUGCGCAUACAUAAAUAUAUGUAUGUUUAUUUCGUUUGCAUAUUUAGUUACAGGAACUAACUACAUUUUGUAACACUGAUGUUUUUAACAUUUUUACCUUUUAGCAGUACGUAGUUUAAAGUUUUUUUCUAGCAUGUCAGUCUGUUAACAUCGGUUAAGGAGAAACUUGAAAACCGAAGAGACUAAAGGAAUAUCGAAUUUCCUGGUGGUCAAAUCAAAGCAAUGUAUUACAAUUCGCCCGUUUUUUAGUUUCACGUCUAGCUAAACCGCAUAACCUCAACAAAAAUCUUUGCAUGAUUCACAUCGAACGGAAAAAAUCGCUUGACAAAAGAAAGGGGUUUUAAAUGUAAUCUUACAUAUGUAUAAAACGAAAAAAAAAAAAAAAAAAAAAAAAAGUUAAAUGGUAGAAUAGAAGUCCAUUUAUU